CAAAGGUUAAGGGCUUGUCUGAAUGUUUUCCCAUCCUUAAGGGUCCUCCAAUCUUUUGAGUGAGCAAAAAUGGCACCAUGGCUACACCUCCUGUCCUUGUUAGUUGUCCUCAGAGGUGGCCAAUCUGAGGUCCAGUUGGUGGAAUCUGGAGGGGAUGUGAGAAGACCUGGAGGGUCCCUCCGUCUCUCCUGCCAAGCCUCUGGAUUCACCUUCAGCGGCUAUUGGAUGGGCUGGGUGAGACAGGCUCCAGGGAAAGGACUGGAAUGGGUGGCAUUCAUAAACACCGGUUCUGGUACUUACUACUCAGACAAAGUGAAGGGACUGUUCAUCAUCUCCAGGGACAAUGCCAAAAGCCAGCUGUAUCUGCAGAUGAACAGCCUCAAAGCUGAAGACACGGCAGUCUAUUACUGUGUGAGAGACACAGUGAGAGGAACUAUAUCUGUUUCUCCUUUAAAUAUACACAAACACACAAAUGGGAAUCACAGAGCCAAAGGUGUCAUUGUUCUAAAGGAAAAGAGUUUUCCUUACUGCACAAUGGGUCUUGCCAUUCUUCGUCUUCUUUGUUUAAUAGCAGCUCCUGUGUAUGUCCACUCCACCAUCCUACUUGUAGAAUCUGGACCAGGAACAGCGAGCCCUGGAGGAUCCUUCAGAUUAACUUGCAAAGUGACUGGUGACUCCAUCAAGAAUGCAUACUGGGAGUGGAUUCGCCAGGCUCCAGGAAAAGGACCAGAAUGGGUGGGCCAGAUAGACUGGUCUAGUAAUAACUGGAGGAUAUACUAUGCCUCAUCCCUCCAAAGCCGAACAACCUUGUCUGCCGAUGACUCCCGCAAUGAAUAUUAUUUGACAAUGAGGUCCCUGACAGCUGCAGACUCAGCCACAUAUUACUGUGCACGAAGGUCACAGUGAGA